AUGCGUAAAGAUGGCAAACUCAUGAUUCUGUUGGUCUAUGUUGAUGAUAUCCUCCUUACUGGAGAAGAUUCUACUCAAAUUUCUCAGUUCAUACAGACUUUAUCCCAGAAGUUUGCACUCAAAACUCUUGGCACGGUGAAUUUCUUCCUCGGUAUCCAUGUCUUCAAAACCCGCAACAACUCCUAUCUUCUCAAUCAAUCAAAGUAUAUCCAUGACCUUCUCUCCAAAACAAAGCUACUUAACUGCAAAUCUCAACCCUCACCCUAUGAUAUAAGCUCUAAACUAUCCAAACAUGAUAGCCCCUCUUUUUCUAAUCCCACUCUGUAUCAAAGCACCAUCGGUGCACUUCAAUAUCUCACCUUAACCCGACCUGACAUUUCCUAUAGUGUGAACAAACUAAGCCAAUUUCUCAAAGAACCCACUGAAAAUCACUGGAAAGCGUGCAAGAGAUUGUUGCGCUAUCUUAAAGGCACCAUCAACAAAUCUCUUAUCUUUACUUCAUCAUCCUUACUACAUCUUCAAGUGUUUUCUGAUGCAGAUUGGGCCGGCUCAAUCGAUGACCGGAAAUCCACAGGUGGUCAUUGUGUGUUUCUUGGGCCAAAUCUCCUCUCCUGGAGCUCCAAGAAACAGAGCGUCGUGUCUCGCAGCUCGACUGAGUCUGAGUAUCGGUCACUAGCAGAUGCAGCAGCCGAAGUAGUGUGGAUCAAAUCCCUUAUUCAUGAGCUGGGGUUUUCUAUCUCACACACUCCUGUUCUUUGGUGUGAUAACCAAAGCACCGCCGCCAUUGCUUCAAACCCGGUGCUUCACGCGCGGACGAAGCAUAUAGAAAUCGACACUCAUUUCGUGCGUGACAAAGUUCUAAACAAAGAGCUCGAUGUUCGCUACGUUCCCUCCGAAGAUCAGCUCGCGGAUGUUCUGACCAAACCUUUGUCCAUCUCGCGCUUUCAAUUUCUUGUGGACAAGUAUCCUCUUGAAAACGGCUAG